GGGAUCUCUAUGGGCGGAUAGAUGGAUGGGUGACCCCUCUGCUCCCCUCCCUUUCAACCCCAGCUGUCAGCUCCCUUCCUGACUUCCCCUCCCUGCCCCCGGUGCCAUGGCGUCCAGCGAGGAGGACGGCACGGUUGAGGAGAAGGAAAACAACAACAAGAAACGCACGAAAAGCGCCCUCGUAACUGCAUGGCUCACCUUCUACAACAUCGCCAUGACAGCCGGGUGGCUGGUUUUGGCCAUAACAAUGAUGCGCUUCUAUAUCCAGAGAGGCACACACAAGGGUCUCUACAGAAGUAUAGCGAGGACUCUCAAGUUUUUCCAGACUUUUGCAUUAGUUGAGGUGGGACAUUGUGCCAUUGGAAUUGUGAAGACUUCUGUGAUUGUAAAUGGGGUUCAAGUGUGUUCGCGGAUUUUCAUGGUUUGGUUCGUCACCAACAGCAUCAGACAGAUCCAAAAUGAAGAGAGCGUAAUCCUAUUCCUGGUCGUGUGGACGGUGAUGGAGAUUAGCCGAUAUUCCUACUACACCUUCAGCCUGCUCCACCACCUGCCGUACUUCAUCAAAUGGGCCAGAUACAACUUCUUCAUCGUUUUGUACCCGCUGGGAGUCGCCGGAGAGCUGCUCACCAUUUAUGCCGCCCUGCCAUUUGUACGCAGAUCAGGAAUGUACUCCAUGAGGCUCCCCAACAAAUAUAAUGUGUCAUUUGACUAUUACUACUGCCUCAUCAUUGUCAUGCUGUCCUAUAUCCCACUGUUUCCUCAGCUCUACUUGCACAUGCUGCGACAGAGGAGGAGGGUGCUUCACGGGGAGGUCAUAGUGGAGAAGGACGAAUAGACGAGCACCACCCGAUGAGUUAGUUUGAGACAGCCCGCCUCCACCUCCCCUUUCUAUCUUUUUGGCCGUCAACAUUCUUAAUUCCACGGGACCUGAAAAACAGCUGACCUGGCUGACGAUCAGACCAGUGAUCAGAAAACAACAACAAGCAUUAAUCAGCACAGAGUCCUGACGUUUACAGUGCAAAAAAGAAGUUCUGGAGCUUGAGACAAAAGUUUGAUGCCACAUCUCAGCACUGAUUCCUCAUCUCACCCAUCAGCCUUACAUCACUGAAGAGAAACAGAGCCACACCACCAAGCAGGAACGUGGAAAGGAAAACAUGGAAAAGGAAGUGUGGUCUCAAUAAUCCUCCAUCCCAUUAAAUUACCAGAUCUAUUGUUUAAAAUGCCCCCCCACCAAGACAUUUCAGACACAUAGCUGCACGAAACAAGGUUCAAACAAAAGUCGGUUUCCCCAUACCUCAACAAUAAACCUAUAUUUGGACAAUGUGCUGCUGCUUUUGUGUAUAUUUGUGUAAAAUGUGAAAUGAGCGGUUAAUACGAAGCCUUUCUCUCUUAAUCUGUCUCACUUAGAGCAAGCAAGGCUCAAACUUAAUGCUUUGUCUGCUUGGCUCAGCUCCUGCAUUCUUUCAUGUUUUGAUGUUUACGGUGUCGAGUUCAUUUACCGGAGUCUUUGCAGAAGUUCAAGCCAGCAAGGCUGACGUUUCUGUGAGUACUCGCAGUCAUCGGUCUGUGUUUUGUUUUGUUUUUUAAAAGAACCGUAGAAAGGUAGUUAGACUCCCUCCUACCAAAGGUGCUAUCAUAAGAUCUUCUCAAUCUUCUGCGCAGCUGACGGAGCGACUGGGAUUGGCCUAGAGCAGGAAAAAAAACGUAGGAUGUGAAAGGACUGAGUGAAUGGAUUGCAUAGUUAAAGGGAAUAAACAGUUCUGCUUGUGAUCUGAGAAAAACAAAUGUUCAGUUUCACUUUCUGGGAGAGAGGAGAAAAAAAGCGAUAAAAAUGUGAAACUUUUUGUGCAACGUGAAUAAAGUCAGUUCUUCAACAGUGAA